AUGAGGAUGCGGAUGUGCGACUUUAUUUCAUUUGUAACUUUUCUUCAAAAAAUUCAAAAUCCUCUCAAACCCUAUCCAAGACAAAGGGAAAUCAAAAACAAUUAUGCGAGCAGUUGUGAAGAGGCUGAACAUCAAGAGCGCGAGCGCAUGACUAUGUCUACACGACGUAGGCGAGAGGCUGAGAGAGCUGGUGAAGCCAGAUCAUCAGUUCCACAUCCCGAUGUUGGGUCUUCUCGUGCUAUGGAGGAGGAGGAAGAGGAUGAUGCUGUGGACCCCGUUCACGAGACUGAGGUUGUAGCUCGUGGAGGUCGUGGAGGCCGAGGACAGGGCCGUGGAGGUCGUGGUGGUCGAGCUCAUACUCGAGUCAAUCCGGAUGUGCUAGAUGGUCCAUUUCCCGGUGGCCCGCGGGAUCCGUCUUUGAUUCCGAGUUUCAAUUCGCACGAACGUCCGGUUGGACGAGUAGAGUCCCGUAUCAACUCCCUGAACCAAUUCAACUACGAGAAGAUAACAGCUGCCCUAGAAGACAUAGAUGUAUCCGUAGACAAGCAUUUUCUGCGGAUGACCGGUUUGUAUCCCCUAGCCCGAUGUUAUUUACCGGGCCUAGAUGCUCCGUUAUUGUUUGCAUUCGUGGAGCGGUGGCAGCCGGAGACGAACAACUUCCAUAUGCCGUGGGAAGAGAUGACUAUCACUCUCCACGAUGUCCAGAUGAUUCUAUGUGCCAAUGUGGAGGGACGGGUGGUUGCGCCUAGGUACGACGAGGUCAUCGAGCGGACAAACUGCGUGUAUUUGCUGGCCGAGGUAUUAAACCUCGAGUUUGAGGAGAUUAACGAGUCAUGGAAGCAUGGGGGCCCCACAUGGAGGAUGAUACAUGGACAUUUGUUGAUGCCCGACACGCCCAUGAGACGCCGAGUUCAGAUAUACCUGGUGUUUCUCCUCGGAUCGAUUUUAUUCCCCGACAUGACAUGUGAUCGGGUGAAGCCGUGGUAUAUGCACGUGCUCGAGGAUUCAGUGCUUGAUCAGAAAGUUGGGUAUAUGCAGCCGAGCACAGUCGAGGGGCUUCGCGGGUUGCACCACCCUUCUUCAGGGCUGGAUAUACGAGUAUUUCCCGAGAUUCCAGUCGCCGGAGGAGAGCGAGCGCUACCGCGAGUUUCAGCCUCGAUGCAAGAGGUGGAACGCGCCGCAAAAAACGGGCGCGCUCGAGCAUAUUAG